GAAGAAAGAAUAGUGUUAAUCCCAUUUCCAAAAAUCUCUCUCCCCGCCCUCCCUCUCCCACUCUAAGCAACGAACAUCACAAAUAUGGCAUACGUCCCUCCUCAUCUCAGGAACACGACGCUCGAUUCCGGGACAGUUCAAUUCACUCUGUUAACUACGAACAGCGAUUGCGGUAACGACCAACUCAACUAUCAAACCAGAAACCCAUCUGACUGCUUCAACUCAUCCUUCUCCAGCUUCUCCACUUCCCGUAAUACAGCUCGCCCGAACUCCGGUAAGCUCCCUUCAUCGCAGCAUGUUGCAGUUCUUGAGCCGGUCUUCGUCCAGUGGAAUCCCUCUGAACGCGUGCGCCUUUUAUCUCCAGACCAGAUUGAAGAGAUCCGUUCAAGGCUUAAUGUUGAUGUUACUUCAGAUCCAGUUUCUUCUCCACUGCCAGCACCCGCACCUAUAGAGUCAUUUGCUGACAUGUGCUUGCACAAAAGCAUCAUGAGCGACAUUGCCUAUCAUGAGUACACUAGGCCAACUGCUAUUCAGGCCCAGGCCAUGCCUGUUGCCUUAAGUGGUAGGGAUCUCUUGGGAUGUGCAGAAACUGGUAGCGGAAAAACUGCUGCAUUCUCCAUUCCAAUGAUACAGCAUUGCUUGGCUCAGCCCUCCAUUAAGCGCAAUGUAGGACCUCUAGCUCUUGUGUUAGCUCCAACAAGAGAGCUGGCUCAACAAAUAGAGAAAGAGGUUAAAGCUUUUAGUAGAUCUCUCGAGUCCUUCAGAACUGCAAUAGUGGUUGGUGGAACAAACAUUUCUGACCAGAAAUCUGAUUUACGAGCAGGAGUGCAUGUAGUUGUUGCUACACCAGGAAGAUUUAUCGACCAUUUGCAGCAAGGGAGUACUUCUCUAUCAAGAGUAUCAUUUGUUGUUUUGGAUGAAGCUGACAGAAUGCUUGAUAUGGGUUUUGAACCACAGAUAAGAGAGAUAAUGCAGAAUCUACCAGAGAAGCAUCAAACAUUGUUGUUUAGUGCAACCAUGCCAGUUGAAAUUGAAGCACUAGCACAGGAUUACCUGACUAAUCCAGUUCAAGUAAAGGUUGGGAAGGUGAGCAGUCCAACGGCAAAUAUUGCACAAAUUUUGAAAAAAGUUCCAGCGAAUGAGAAGGUUAACCAGCUAUUAGAACUACUUGUUCAUGAGAGCAAUCAGGCUGAUCAAUCCGGAAAUCCUUUUCCUUUGACCAUUGUUUUUGUGGAGCGGAAGAACAGAUGCGAUGAGAUUGCAGAAGCAUUGAUAGCUCAAGGUUUGCGUGCAGUUGCUUUCCAUGGGGGAUGCAGUCAAAGUGAGCGUGAGGCUGCUCUUCAGGACUUCAGGAAAGGAUCCACAAGCAUCUUGGUUGCGACUGAUGUUGCUUCACGUGGUUUAGAUGUCACAGGUGUUGCUCAUGUCAUAAACCUAGAUCUUCCAAAGACUAUGGAAGAUUACGUACACAGGAUUGGUAGGACGGGGCGAGCUGGAUCUACAGGACAAGCUACUUCAUUCUACACUGAAUAUGACACGUUCCUCGUGGCACAAAUAAAGAAGGGGAUAAGUGAUGCUCAGUCAGGAAAUCCCGUGGCAUUUGCAACAGGGAAGGUUGCACGACAGAAAGAAAGAGAAGUAGCAGCUGCUCGAAAAGAGGAUGCGAAGAAUGCAUUUUCAAAAUUGUUAAACUUAACUAACGUGGAAGAUAAAUAUAGACACAUGACAUCUCCGGCUAUGAUAAGGGCUGAAGGUGCUGCAGAUGGUGCUUGGGACGACUGAUCAUCUUUUUUUCUAUAGAUUUUUAAGUCUUCUAUAGAGUCAAGUUUUGUUUUUUUAAACCACUAAUGUGAAUGGAUUAGAUGGUUGUAGGCCAGCUUUCUCUCAACACUACUUGAAACAUGUCCCAAAGACUAAGACAAAGAGAGUUGUAAAUUCUGUUUUUUUUUCUGUUUGUUAGUUGAUUUGCUAGAUCCAUUAAAUUCA